UGGGGAUGGCUUAUUUUUCACAGGGUGGGUCGGUCAGUCGUGGCAACGAGGUACUGAGUACUGAAACGAGAUUUAGAGUCGUGUUCUCAAGAAAAGACAAAAGAUUUAUUCGAGACGCGGCAUAAGGAAAAAAAAUAACGAGAGAAAAAAAUACUUAAGAAGUUCGAGGGUAGGCUAAGCAAGCGGAAUCCGCCGGCAGUUGUUACUUCCUCGUCCUGCAGGGAGGAUAAAGUGUGACGUCGGCGACUGCUUCGCCUUAGCCCAGCCAUUCAGUGGAUUCUGUAGCGAUUCUGCGGAGGGGAACCUGUCCGGGCAGAGCGGAGCGUCGGCGAGCCAAGCACCGUCUGCGAUAAGCUCCGACACGCGCAGGCACGGGACAGCAGAAGCGAAGGAGCGUAGCAAACUUUUCCGAGAAGGGGCGAGAAUUAGAAAUAAUGCUUUGCUGUCCACCCGCAGGCUAGGCUCGGAAGCUUGAGUGCUUGCUGCUGUUUUUUGAAGGACGCGGCGGGUGUCGUGUUAUUUUUCCGCUCCCCCCACCCAGCACGGUGUCCCGAUUUCAUUCCCCCCCUGGAGGAUUUGGAAAUGUCUUCGCUAAAUGUUGACGACGAGCAGAGAUGGGUGCCUACACACGUUCAGGUGACGGUGCUCCGUGGAAGGGGCUUGCGGGCGAAAGGCAAAAACGGCACCAGCGAUGUUUAUACCAUCAUUCAGGUCGGAAAGGAGAAAUUUUCUACGUGUGUGGUGGAGAAGACGACCGCACCGGAGUGGAAGGAGGAAUGCUCUUUCGAGCUUCUUCCCGGGGUGCUGGAGGCGGAGGGACGAAACGCGUACCCCGCCGGGAGUAGCGACCUGGUCCUCACGGUGAUGCACAGAGCGCUAAUGGGUCUCGAUGUGUUUCUUGGACAAGCCACCAUCCCCUUGGACAAAGUCUUCCAGGACAGGAUAUGCAUGAGAAAUGAGUGGUACAAGCUGCACUCCAAGACGGGGAAGAAGGAGAAGGAGCGCGGGGAGGUGCAGGUGACGGUGCAGUUCACGCGGAACAACCUGACCGCCAGCAUGUACGACCUGUCGGCCAAGGACAAGCCGCUGUCGGCCUUCGGCAGGCUGAAGAACCGCAUGAAGAGCAAGAAGCAGGACGACGCCGAGUCGGCCUCCGCCAUCGUGCCCGGCGGCGUCGGGGCGCUGACCCGCCGGAGGCCGCGGCUGCCGAGCGACGGGGGCGGCGAGGAGGAGUACGAGGACGACGAGGGCGGGGAGGGGCGGCGGAGCAAGAUGCGCAACUUCUUCCUGCGGGGCAAGCUGCGGAAGUCGUCGGACACGCGGUCCAGCACGUCGCUGGGCUCGGAGAGCAGCGAGUCGUCCUCGCGCGGCGGCAGCCUCAGCCCCACCGCCGGCAUCAGCGUGGUGGUGUCCGACCUCUCCAACUCCCCCAGCGAGACCAGCAACCUGACGGCCGACGACAGCCCCGACCACACCACCCACCCGUCGCCGAAGCUCAUGACCCACAAGCGGGCGUUCAGCGACGAGGCCGGCCAGGUCACGCAGGCCCCGCCUCCCCAGCCCCGCGCCGUGCAGUCGCUGAAGGCCCAGAGCGGCGCCCUGUCCCAGUCCUCCCUCUGCGUCAACGGCAGCCACGUCUACGCGGCCGAGCCCCUCCCCGCCGGAAGCCACGCCACCCUGGGCCUGCUCCAGAAGUGCUCCCCCCUCUCCCGCUCCCUCCAGAACCUGACCCGCCGGGCCGAGGACCCGCCCAGGCCCGGCCCCGGCGCCGAGGGCCGCCGCUGGUCCUUCGACAAGCCCGGGAAGGAGGAGAAGGCCGCCGUGUCCGUGCAGGCCGCCACGCUCGUGGUUCCCGUGGCGACGACGGAACCGGCCGCCGAGGGGAAGAAGCAGAAGAAGAACGGGCGGAGCGACUCGGCAGGGAAGGGGGCGGAGCAUAUCGAGGCCCCGCCCCACGCUGAGGAGAAACACAAGGGCUGGUUUGGCUCCAAGGAUUCCCACAACAAGCCAAGCCCGGAAGUGUCUCCUAAGGUAGAAACCUGCUCAGACACAGUCCCCUCUCACCCCUUAACUCCCUCCCCAGAUAACCCCUCUUGUGCUCCUCGUCCUGCUUCUGUCGUUGGGCUGGCCUCACCUGGCCUAGCGCACCACGCUAACCCUUUCACACCCCCUCCAGGCACCCCAACCAUCUCUCCUUCCAACCCCUUUUUCACCCGACUGCAGUGUAACCCCUUCUUCGUAGACCUCUUAGGCGACCAUGCCCUAAAAUCAGCCCCGCCUGCUCCCUGUCUCUCCAGUUCCCCCCUCUGGCCUCCGACAGUUUCCUCCUCCUGGUCCGACCCGAGUCCUGCCCAGGACUGCCCGGAGGCGGAGCCUGGCCCCGCUGUAGGUGUGGCAAGAGAGAGGUCUCAUCUUGGGGCACUGGGCACAAGGGCGAGGGCCUCCCCAAACCCUUUCGUCACUUCCCCUGUGUCAGAAAACCUCAGUGAAUGGGACGAGUCUUUUGAGGCUUUCGCUGCGGGCAGGUUGGGUUCGCAGAAGGGUCUGGCCCCACCAACCCACGUAACGACACUUCCUCCGGAACCAGCCGUAGACGAAUCGUCAGAGAGGAUGAAGAUGAAUGAAAAAAGCAUGGGGGCUGAAGAAGGCUCGCCCUCACUUUUGCGACGGCCCACCAAGAUACCAGUCUUGCAGGGUCAUCAAAGCCAAAGGUUUGACUGGACGCAGGGGCUGGCCGUGAAGAAAGACCUGUUUCCUCCGCCUCAGAUUGAGGCGUUAUCUUGGGAGCGUAGCAAGGAGGUGCUCGAUGGAUGCGCACCCAUCCCGUUCCGGGAAGAAAAAACAGGCAUUGGUCUUUUCUCAGGGUGGGAUCCGGACAAACCUCUGGAUUGUUCAGUGUCCUCCCCUCAAUUUGUGAGCGUGGGCUCCCUAAUUCCCGACAGCGGCAGCGCAGGACAGCCCAUCGUUUCACCCUGCGGCAAAGACCGAGGAGAGGCCAUGGAGAAUGCCGCGGACGAAGUCGAACAGGAAGAGGGCGCUCGUGCUUCAGCCUCAGCCUUCCGCACUUCUGAAGGGGUUGGGAAAGAAAAUGACGUCGUCGGGAAUGCUCCCCCUGCUUUUGGAAAAGAAGAAAUGCACAAGAUUGCCUCUCUUCCACAAGUUGCUUCAGAAGAGUCUAAAGUAUCCACUUACGAACCAGAUGUCUCUCUCGUAGGAAAAGGAACAAAUCCAUUUUUCACCACCAUACCAUCGCACAAAUUGUCUGAAACUCUCUUGGAGGGGCAGGAGAGCAGCACUACUGAUGCACUUAAACCAGCGUAUGAAGCUUCCCUUGAGCAGCCCAGCACAAACACUAAGGUUCUUGAUUUACCUCAAGUUACCACUCACGCUGCACAUGAAAAUCUUCAUGACUCCUAUGCGCACAUAUUUGAUUUUGCCAAUUCAGUUCUCCCAAAUACUGACACUUCUAGCUCGCUUUCUGUCAUGAUUGCUAAUAACACUGAGAUUAACAAUAACAGCACUAAUGAAAUGGCUACUAGCCCCUCCCCUUUCAUUCCUGAAGGAAUCAUGAAUGAAAUGAACUCCAAAAAACCUGUCAGCUUGUUCUCCAAGGUGCUGGAAAGCCCCUCGCCUGCAGACUUGGUGGAUCUGCCGAUCAAAGAUGGCAACUCUUUGUCUGAUUCUAAUGACGGAACACUGCAUGAGUCUGUCUCUGACGUUUCCAUAAACGCUGCUGGAUUUUUGCCUGAGGAGCCUGUUUCCAUGGCGCGUGUGGAAGUACCCGCUGGAUCUCCAGUGCAGGUUGACAAGGAAGACAAACUGCUCUUGGAGAAAGAUGAACCGGAAAAACAGAGGACUUGUGCGGAAGAGGCCUUAGAGAAAGAGCAGCCAGCCAGCACAUCAACCAAAGCACAAGAGACAAUUUCCCAGAAACUUGACAAUGUUCCUCUCGCAGAUACAAAAUCUGAUAACACUCUUGAACAACGUACCAUUGCCCUAGAUGCCCCGUGCAGUGAUUCAGAUUUGAUCGCUUUGGGUAGAGAUCCUGAAGGUGCAUACCAAGAAAAGCGUGAGGGGAAAAACGCAAACUUGAAUGUGAAGGACUCGAGCAGCACUUCUGCAGAAAUUAAUGGAAGCACUUUGUCCGAUUAUCUGGAGGCCAGAGACCCAGGUCCUCCAGUGUCCCCUAUUUCAGAUGCACUUAACUUUGUAACUGCCAUUGAAGCAUCAGACCCAGGAAGCAGCUGGGAGUCACAUGACGCCCUCUCAUCCGAGACCGGAAUCGAACGUCUCCCGCUGAAAAACAUCGCUGGCGAAACGGUGGCUCCUUCCGUGGAAGGUGGAAUUACGCCCUCGUUUUGCACGGCGGAUUCAUCCACUUCCGCGCCGGAGAUUUUUCCGCUGGAGAAGCUUCGCGGCGACCGUGACGUGAGCCGGCCGCCCCCUAAACCUCCACGACUUUUCCAGGAUUCGGUUCUUAAUGAGCAGCAUAUGAAUGAAUACCCUCAGCCCGGACUGGGAGAUGAGGCUGAAACUAAACGUCCCGGGACACCCAAGGACUCUUCAACUGAUCUUUUCCAAACUCUAGCUGUGGGUCUUGGGCCUGAGCUGCAGCAAACUUGCCCGUCUCCUCUUUCAUCCGAACGUUCUGGUUUCUCAGCAACCACCAAGGACGGGUGGGACAAGACUGGUGCCGAAUGCCAAAACACAACUUUCACCAUCAUGAAGGAUGAGCUGUCCUCGGGGAAGGAGGUCCCACAAUUUGGGUUCUCUGCCUUUGACCUUGAGGAGAAAUCUGAUCAAAGCUGGUUGACCAGUAAGAGCUAUUUCAAGGUCAAAGAGCUGGACACAACCCAUUUUGCAGUAUGGUCCGCAGAUGAAGAGAACGCCAUACCAACUGACUCCACAUCCCUGGACAAAGCGAUCUUGAUGGAAAACUCUACUGAGGGAGACUCGACACAAGUCCUGGAUGUUGGAACCCAACCCGACACCUCACCUGGGACCUGUUCACCCAUCUGGAAAGUAAAUGAAGGACUUGGGGAGAGUUUCCUUGACCACGUAAAAGGUACAAUGCAGCAAACAUGGACUGAAAGUGUUGAACCCACAUGGCAAAGUCUACCAUCCUUAAGUGGUCUCUGCUCCACAGUCUCACAGGACCUCAUCGUAGACCUGCCACCAGAGGACCUUCACAAGCCACGAGAUGAGGAGGAGAAGCAACAGGCUCUGAGGGGAGAUCCUCUGGACUCAGUGCUGUUUCCGCAGCUGCAGCCAAGCAACCCGUUCUCUGAGUCCGACAUCAUCUCUCUCCCAAAGGGAAUCGGGUCUGCUAUCAACCCCAAGGAGGAGCUCCCUGCUGAAGCAGCUCCUACCCUGAACCUUCACCCCCCCGUUGGCGUUAACCCAAAGUCCAGCCUCUUUCUGCAUGAUUGUAACCCCCAGGCCUCUUCCACCCCCUCCCUGUUGGCUGAGACUAACGCCCAGGUAGCCUUCUUCCCCUCACCAAUCCUGCCCCACCUGCCUGCGAGGUCGACCACAGGGGCCGCCCAAGCCUCCUCCAUCGCCCCUCCCUCCAAACCUCCUGCAAUGAUUGACACACCAUUCACGGUUUUGCCCCAGGAGACACAGACGGCUGGCAGCCUCCCAUCCAGUCAACUGAGCAGUCCUCACCCUGUCAAGCCACUGAACACCGCAGCCCCACUGGAGGAGAAGAAGUCGGAAGGCCGCUCAGUCCUGGUGAGCGGGUUGGAGAAGCUCAAGUCCACCAUUCACCCAGGGCGGGCAGCGCACCAAGGCGAGCCUGAGGCUGACAGGAACAAGGCUUUGUCAGAGGGCGCCGCCCCCUAUUACCAUCUGAGCCACAACGAGCUGGUGUCUCUGCUGCUGCAGCGGGAGGAGGAGCUGGAGAGGCAGGGGGCGGAGUUUGAGAGGCAGGGGGCGUUGCUGGAGAAGCGCGAGGCGGAGCUGAAGAAGAUGAAGGUCCAGACCCGGGACCUGGAGGACUACAUCGACACGCUGCUGGUGCGGAUCAUGGAGCAGACGCCCACCCUCCUCCAAGUGCGCUCCAAGCUCAAGUGAUUGGCCGGAUGGGGGGAACAACAGGGGGGCGGAGCCUUUGUAGCUAAGCUUCGCCCUCCACCGUCCCCUCAGCUCCUCGUAGUUUCCUCACUGCUACACUGCUCAGUCGAUGUAGUCACAGCACUGGAAGAAAUUGCCAGCCAGUAAGGCGGUGUUUUUGAGUUCGCAUGCUUAUUGCCUUGAAACACAACUUUGUCAAACGGGUUGGGUUUUGUAGGUGCGGCGGUGAAGGUGGAGUUGGGGGUGGGGCUGUGUUCAGUCAUGGGCUUCAGGUGUCUCCAGGUAAAAACCUGACAGGAGAUGGUCCAGGCAGUAUGGCCCCCUCCCUGUGUAGCCUCCGAGUGGGAUUAUUAAUUAGGCACCGCCUCCUCUUCACGAACAAGACUUGUUGUUAUUGCCAGAUCUCGCGAGAUAUCAGACAGCAAGCGCACCUGCAACUCUCAAGCUGCAAGCCAAAUGAACAAGUAAAAAAUCGGACAACUCAAGCCACGUCUGAAUGCAAAAAUCCCAGAAAGUGUUCUUAGGUUACUGGCCGAUCAGAGUUCACAAGGCAAGUCGGGUUUCUCCAUGUCCCCAUCCCUCUGUUACUUUUUUGUUCUUUUUAAAUAGAUUUUUUUUACGUUUUCAUUUAGGCAUGUCUGAUAACACGUGAUAGCAGCCUGACAUAAUCUAUUUGUGAGCAAUAGAGUGUGGCUUAUCCAGGCAUUGUAGCUGAUCAUCGAGCAACCCAGAGAAACGUAUCAACAGUCCCUGCUCUUCCAAAUGCAGGCCUUUGCCUGUCGCGGUAUUUAGCGUUCACCAAUAACACCGCUUAUAGCAAAAAGCGCCCGCGCCUUGCAUUCCACUCCCUCGCCUCUCCGUUCUUCCACGCUCUCCACUUCGGCGUACGUACACACAUCGCUUAAAACGCUUCCAGGUGUGCGCAAUGGAAGGGAUAUAUAUUAACGCCAUAUACUGUAUGCCAGAAAUGCCGAACGCUGCCUUACUGUAUUCAUGUCGUGGUCGCUGGUCACCUUUUUUGCGUAUUGGUUCCCAUUAUUUCUUCUCUUCAGAACUAUGGCUUAUAUUGAAGUCAUGUUUCCGUAAUAAAAUUCAUUAAAGCUGUGUUGUAAAAUAUUUUUGAGUGUAUACAAAGUAUUUCACAUGUAAGAAUGAACAGGGAAUUGAGGGGGUGAUGGUUAUUUAAAAAAAGGAAAGCAGAAAGGGCGGUCUGUUGCCAAGUUACUAAUUCCAGUUUAGUAUUAUUGCACUUGACGGCAAAAGUACGUUUUAUAUUUGUGAUUUUUGACUAGAUUAGCUUCACUAUUCGGGAAAGCAAUCCGUUGAAAUCUUCCGCGGAUUUGAUGUUUAAAUUCUGUUCUCACGUCCCCCCCCCCCCCCCCCCCCCGCCUUGUGAAUUGUCUACCUCCCUUUCACACUUCCACAAAGUGAGACUAUCUCUGCGCGUUGCGAAAUCACGAUAGGCUAAUACAGGGCGAAAUAAAUGCAAGUUCUCUGAAAAUGCCACCGCUUUAAACACACGGGGGUUGCCGCUGUGAUAAAGAAGCACCGCAGAAAUCCUGUGACAUAGGCCUACUUCACACGUGACUGCACUUUAAAAACUGCUCUUGGCACUGGUCAAACAAAUAAGGUGAUUUUUCUGAAUAUGCUGUCGAAUUGCGUUUUCACUGCGGCCCUCCUGUGGUUACUCUCUGGGUUUGUUUUUCUGUUACUUUAAUUUUUAAAUUGCCUGUUUGUGAUUCCCACUAAUGACCAGGAAAUUAAUAUAAUGACUUUCUUCCACAACUGAUCUGAACCUCGUUGAUAAUCGUCUUCUCAUUCUCUUUAUCCUCAUUAUUAUAUUCCUCCUUCUUAUUCUUUCCCUUAUCCUUCCUCUAAUUAUUAUUAUUAUUAUUAUUAUUAUUAUUGGAAUUUCGUAUAUUUAUCUUUUGUGGCCCAGGGAAUGUGCAUAGGGAUUGUGAAAGAGAGGAACGUUUACAGUUGUUAAUAUUAUUCUGUUAGUUUUAUAUGUUUAAUAACACAUUGAUUUUCUUGUUCGUUAUUGGUAUGUUUGCUAUUAAUCUCUGUUGAUGCUUUAUUAAAAUGUAUUCUGUUAGUUACUUUGCAAUAAAGACUCAUAAAAUUCAUUGUAAUGCACAUAGAAAUUAUUUUGGAUUUAUAGUCCUGAUUGAAUGUUUGCUAUAUGAGUUAUUGUAAAGGCAUUUUAAUAUGCCCUACUUAUAAAAAAAAUAUUUUGGUUGGAGUACCAUAAUUUAUGUUUAAAUGAUAUGUAUUUGCAACGUCAAGGCAGUCGAAAGGUAGCCCAAUGUCUGAAAUAAAGUGAUCUUUGAGAUAAUGCAUCUUCAUGUUCACAUACAAGAUGCAAUGAUGGUAUUAUGGUAUUAAACCUGCAUGCCAUAUCAACUGCUCUCUCCGCUAUGUAUUUGGCUAGUUAAUGGUCUAUGACGCCGCUGUCAUGAAAUAUUGCUGCUUUUCAGAUUUGCCGUGCACUGGUUUUUUUUCACAAGACAAGAAAGUUUACAAACGUCCUUUGCCUUUAAAUCAACUACAAUAGUAGUCGUCGUGUCUCCGAAUUGACACAAGUCGAAUAAUUUAGAAAACCACAAUGCCUCAAUACCAUUAACUUGGAUGGAAAGGCACGUCCGCACGUUCCUGAAUAGUUGUGUACUGUUUUCCACUUUCACGCGUUGGUCGUUCUCCAAGUCUGUUUUGUACCUGGGCAAGGAAAACGUCCUAUUGGACCACCUGGGUCGAGUUUUUUUUCUGGCCGACUGAAAUCACUAUUAAAAUUACGCACGGCAAGCAACGCAUUGGAAUGGGUAGGAAUAUCGAGCGCAAUUUCUAAAGCUCUGAUAUUCAACUGAUUUACACAUAAAACUGUUGGAUUGUUAUUUUUUCUUUCAUUAAAUCCACUGUAGUCUACCUGCGCAAUAUUAUAUACCUUUCUUCUGUUUCCAUCUCGUGCGUUCCGGCCAAAUGUUAUUAUUUUAAGCUUUUGUAUGGCAAUAUCAGCAUGAUGCAUUGUUGCCCACGGAGAUGUUUGACUUUAGCGCUGACAUGCUAAAUAAAGGACUGUUUUCCCAACUGGACCGCAUGCCUCUAAAGUGAAUGAGCAAAUGCAUUUGCUGCAUGGGGAAAUAAUUCACAAAACUGCCAUAAACGUGUAUAAAGACUGUCAUAUUUUUAAAAAUCACUGGAAAAAUCCGUUCAGAUUGAUUGAUAAUUUAUUUAUAGGGUUUAUUUCCAGUUCAUAGAUAAAUAACGGGACGGCUCUUUAGAGCAGGCCGUUAUUUUUAGGCGACUGCAAUGUAGUUUAUGGCCAAUAGAGGGCUCUGUUAACCUCAAAGUAAUUACGUUCAGGCAAACAUGAAGCGCAGGAAGUACCCUGACAACGGCAGUGAGGGUGCCAACAUAUUUGCCGUUAUGGCUUUUCCCGCCUCGGGGUCAAUGAUGCUACUAGGAUGCCGCGUGAACGAGUGCAUUGUAAUCCUUUCAGUCGUGGUUGUGUUUUACCCCACAGAUCAGCGCACCUGUUUUUAUUUUGUUUGUUUGUUUUUUUUGUUUCCUGUUUUUUCUGUUUGUGUUAAAGGCUAUUGUAAUUUGUUUGUGCAUUUCUCUAGAUAAUCAGACCCAGGAAGUGAGGUCUGCCCCCUGAUCUUUUAUGUUUCAGCUCGUGUUUUCAAAGCUAGGACCCCAGCCUAACCCCCCCUCCCCCUCCACUCCCUACCCCCAAGACCCCCAAAUCUGUUUUUUUUUUUUUGGUACAUUAUUUUUCCAUAUGUGGAAUUGUGCUGGUUGAAAUUCACACCCCACAGCAGAGAUGGUGCCCAUUUCUGCAGGAGGUCAAUCAGGCUGGAUCACACUCAGCUGGAUUCUGUCUGUGAGCUGAGCCUGCAACCCCCAACCCCCCCUCACGCCCAUAACUUCUUAAUUUGGAAUAUUGGAAUAUAAUAGCAUCAGCCCACAGAGGCCAUUUGCAGAGCAGUGCUGCUGCUUCUAUAGGACAGUCUUUUCCCGUUCUCUCUGGAGUCCAAGCGUAGUUUUGGGGCAGAUCCGUGUCAGGGAAUCAAAAUGCAUAUGCACACACCCUUACGCACGCCCUGCCAUAAUGAGCACUAUAGCAAACGUCAGGCUCUGGGUUGUAGAUCUGGGUUUAGUGAAACUGCUUCAGGUAUGCAUGGAUAACAGUGUUUCUACUUUGUUAAUAAAGAAAAUACAAAUAUGA